AUGGAAGAGUUUCAAGAUAAAAUUAAUGAAUUUAGAAUGAAUGAAAUGGAGGCAAUGGGCCAAGAGUAUGUGACAGUGGAAACGCAGGAAGGUACACUGAGGGGUCUGAUGACAGAGACGUACACUAACGUAGCCAUGUACAAGUUUGAAGGCAUUCCGUAUGCAGAACCACCAAUUGGAGAUCUCCGUUUCCAGCCGCCGGUGCCGAAAGCAGCGUGGUCUGGUGUUCGGGACGCCUUGCAGGUGGGAUCCAAGUGCCCACAGUACAGGGAUAACGAGGUGUCCGGUGACGAAGACUGUCUGUACCUCAACGUCUAUGGACCAGGGGAUGCCUUACAAAAUGCAACUCUGAAACCGGUGAUGGUUCGGAUUCACGGUGGAUGCUUUACAGGAGGAUACGGUCACGGAACUAUACCUAACUACUUCGUGGACAACGAUGUCGUAAUUGUCAGCAUAAAUUAUCGUCUGGGACUACUAGGUUUCCUGAGUACCGGCGAUGAGGUGGUCCCUGGGAACAUGGGUCUUAAGGACCAGACAGAGGCUCUGCGUUGGGUACAGAGGAACAUAGCGGCGUUUGGUGGAGAUCCAGAUAGAGUAACCAUCUUCGGACAAAGUGCUGGAGGGGCAUCUAUUCAUUACCACAUCCUGUCUCCCAUGAGCAAAGGUCUUUACAAGAAUGCUAUAGCAAUGAGUGGGUCAGCACUAAAUCCGUGGGCAUUUUCUAGGAAUGCAACAGACAGAGCAAUACGGUUUGCUCAACAUUUAGGAUACACAGGGAAAACUUCUAACGACCUACUAAAGUUCCUAAAAGAUGUGGACGCAUACACACUCGUGUUGGACGAAAAGACUGCUCUUUCGGAAGAGCCCGGAGGCUACGGGAAAGCUUUUGGGUUACUCAUCUCCCGUAAAUUGUCGGUCGUCGGCUUCGACAGAUUGUUCGUCUACACACCAGAUGCAGUCAGCUUAGACAAAGGUACACAAGAGUGUGUCGAGCACCAUCAGGUUAACUCUCUCUUUUUUACAGCUGGAGGACAAUUAUCAACAGAAGCAGCAAUAAAGAAUCUCAACGACAACUUCGAUGAAAUAGUGGGGAACGAUCUACGACUUCCGACAAAGGAGGAACAACAGGAAGGUGCUGAAUCAAUUAAAAAAUGGUACUACAACGGCAGCGACAUCACGCUGAAGGACAACUACACCACCGCUCUGGCUCAAGAGUAUGUAACAGUGGAAAUACAAGAGGGCACCCUGAGGGGUCAGAUGUCGAAAACAUGGACAGACAUUCCCAUGUUCAUGUUUCAAGGUAUUCCAUAUGCUGAACCACCAGUGGGAGAUCUUCGCUUCCAGCCACCAGUGAGUAAAGCUGCUUGGUCUGGCGUUAGAGAUGCACUGGCGGUAGGAUCGAUGUGUCCUCAACUUGACAACAAUGCAGCGUCUGGGGACGAGGACUGCCUCUACCUGAAUGUCUUUGGUCCAGAGACAGCCCUGCAGAAAGAAGAACUUAAACCUGUAAUGGUAUGGAUCCACGGUGGAUGUUUCACAUCAGGCUAUGGUCAGGGCGCGACACCUAAUUACUAUGUGGACCAAGACGUCAUCCUCGUCAGCAUAAACUAUCGUCUCGGACUGUUGGGUAACAAAUAUUUUUAUUGA